AUGACAGUGAACACAUUGUAUAACAUUAUUAUUAGUUAUCACUUAUCAGUUGUCCAACUCUAACAAGACUGAGAACAGUGAGUGAGAAGAGAACAUGAAAGACCGGAAAGAUUAUUAUUGGAGUAAUUACUGAUUUUAGAUUAUAAUAAUUAUUAAAUAUUAAUUAUUAAUCAAUUAAUUUACGGUUUAAAUAGUGAUUAGACCAUUAAACAAAUUAUUUCUAGCUCUUGCAGAAAAUUGAUUUUUUUUUUUUAUGUCAAGAACCUACUGAUAAAAGAAAACUAUUUGGUUAUUACUGCAGUUAAAAAUUUAAAAUUAUAAUAGUAGUCUAAUAAAUAGUAAACAAAAAUUAUCAAGUAAAAAAAAGUACAAAAUAUAUUCGGACAAUAAAUGACAAUUAUUAUUGCUCGAUAAAACUCGUGCCUAGUUUUUGUUAAUGAAAUAUUUAAGUACUUUUAUGUGAAUCAUGUAUGAAAUAUAAAUAUGGAUUUAAUACUUGUAUUUUUAUAGUUUAUAUUGGUGUAACAUACUAACACGGUAUUAACUAUUAAUACUUGUACAAAGUAGUAGUAACUAGUUAUUUCUAUGACUAUAUAGGUACUCACUUGUUUUCCACAUAAAAAUUAAAAAGUGACUCAGUGAACAAAGUAAUAACUAAGAUAAUGGAAAAACGUUUCUUCAUUAAUAAAUAUUCCGAAAGUCAUGAGAUUGAUUUAAGUGUAAAUGAAAAAUUUUGGAUAGAUAAAGUAAAUAGCUUAAUGCAACUUGUUGAUCAAAAUGCUUCAUCAUCGUCAAAAAACACUUUGUAUACUGGAACGGCUGGGAUCGCAUAUAUGUUUUAUCACUUGGCAAUAUCAAACAAAUUUAAAAACAAUUCCUCAAACUAUUUAAAUAAAGCUAUCAAAGUCCUGAAACUUAAAGAAAGUAGUUUUAAUCGGAAAAAAUCAAAUCAUUUUAUUUGUGGAGACGCAGGAGUAAACGCUGUAAGUGCUGCAAUAUAUAACCAGAUAGGUGAUGCUAAAAUGGCUGAAAUGUAUUUGAAACAUUUUGAGGAUGGAGUAACUAUUUGCAAGCCAAUAGAUUCUUUGAAACCUGGAGAAGAUGAACUAUUUGUUGGCCGUGCAGGUUACCUCUAUGGAGUUCUUUGGCUGGAAAAAGUUUUUGGAAAAAAAAUAAUACCUGACCAAGAUGUUAUUGACAUAUGCUUAACAAUUGUAGAAUCUGGUCGUCAAUAUUCAAAAAAAUAUAAUAGCAUAUUUCCCCUUAUGUAUUCAUAUCAUGGUAAAGAAUAUUUAGGAGCAGCUCAUGGCCUGUGUACAAUUCUCCAAGUACUAAUUUCAAUUCCUUGUUUUAUUAAAAAUGAACCAAAAGCUUUACAAGAUAUCAAAAAAUGUGUAGACAAAUUGAUAUCUUUACAAACAUCCAAUGGUAAUUUUCCUGCUAAAAUGCAGGAACCCCAAGAAGAUAAAUUGGUUCAUUGGUGCCACGGAGCUCCAGGUGUUGUAUACUUAUUAGCUAAAGCAUAUUUAGUUUUUAAAGAACCUUCUUAUUUGGAAUGUUGUUUAAAAUGUGGAGAUUUGGUAUGGGCAAAAGGACUUUUAAAAAAAGGCCCUGGUUUGUGCCACGGAAUAGCUGGAAAUGGAUAUGUUUUUCUACUAUUAUAUAGGUUGACCGGUGAUACAAAACAUUUAAACCGAGCUGUACAAUUUGGUAAAUUUAUAUUCACUGAUGAAUGUAUUCAAGGAUCUAGAAGACCAGACAAUUUGUAUAGUUUAUAUGAAGGAUUAGCUGGCACUGUGUGUUAUUUAAGUGAUUUAAUUCAACCAGAUAAAGCUAGUUUUCCAUUUCUAGAUGUGUUCUAAUUAAAUAUUUUGUUGUAUCAAUCGUCAAGUAAAUUAUUAACCAUGUAUAGAUUAUUAUAAUAAAGUAUGUCUUAAAUAUUUGAAAAUGGUUGUACAUUGACACAUGUUAUUAGGAAUUAUGAUAUAAUCAAUAUAUUGUAAAUAAACUAUGCACAACAUCUAUAAUAGUUAUCAAUA